AAAAAUACAAGAGAAAGAGAGAGAGAGAGAGAGAGAGAGAGAGAGAGAGAGAGUGUGUUUGUGUGUGUGUAUUGUCUCUGUAACUUCUCAUGGACUUCUUGUUGUAGAUCUCGAAACCCUAGCUUUAUCUUUCAAAGAUUCUUUACAAAUUGCUUUCAAGAUUCUUUCAAGAAACCACUCUUCCAUUUAAAUUAGCUUCAUUUUCAUAGCUUCCACUUCUACGCCGGCCUUCAUUCAACUUGUCUUCUUUCGUUGGGAGUAAAAGUAGAAUUUCUCCUUUUCGAUUUUUAUAGAAUUUUCAUUGAUUUCAGAUUGUUUUCCACUGGUAUCGACUGUAUCUACAUUUUCGUUUCCGCUUCCUUGGACACCGAGUUUCUACUGUUUUUGGUGCUAUUUGUGUCUAAUUUUAUCUGCGUUUUAUUGUUUGCAUUAGCUGUGAGAAAUUUUAAUUGUAAUGUGAUUAGGUUGUUUUUUUUCGCUGCGUAUUUUCAGUUGUGGAGGAGCUGGUUAGUGUUUGUGAAAUUAUCGAUGGUGAUAUAGAAAAUCGGUUCAGAGAGAAAUGGAUGAAAGAGGAGGCUCAUUUGUGGCUGUAAGGAGGAUUUCUCAAAGUCUUGACCGUGGCAAUACAUGUCAUUCAACUUCAGUUAGCGCUUGUUUUUUGAUUUGCUAAAUUUGGAUCUGGAGGUAACUUUUGUAUGCUUAGCCUUGAGUGUUACCAAGAACUCUCGCUAAGUGCAUGUUUACGGAGAUUCAAAUUUGUUGUGCUGAGGUUGUGGCAGGGUCAGCUGCAUGGCUGGGUCGAGGUCUUUCUUGUGUUUGUGCACAGAGGAGAGAGAGUGACCCUCGUCCUUCUUUUGAUCUAACCCCUGCCCAGGAGGAAUGCUUGCAAAGGCUGCAGAAUCGAAUGGAUGUUGCCUAUGAUGGUUCAAUCCCUGAACACCAGGAAGCUUUGAGGGCUUUGUGGAAUGUCGCUUUUCCAGAAGAAGAACUCCAUGGUUUAAUAUCUGAGCAGUGGAAGGAAAUGGGUUGGCAAGGAAAGGAUCCAUCAACAGAUUUUAGGGGUGGUGGUUUCAUAUCAUUGGAGAAUUUGUUGUUCUUUGCUAAGAAUUUUCCGAAGUCCUUCCAGGAUCUUCUUCGGAAGCAGGAAGGUGAUCGCUCAGUGUGGGAAUAUCCAUUUGCUGUAGCUGGUGUGAACAUUACAUUUAUGCUCAUUCAGAUGCUUGAUCUCGAAGCAGUCAAACCACGAACACUGGUGGGAGCAACUUUCUUGAGGUUUCUUUCAGAAAAUGAAUCAGCAUUUGAUCUUCUCUAUUGCAUCACAUUCAAACUAAUGGAUCAUCAAUGGCUUGAGAUGCGUGCAUCAUACAUGGACUUCAAUACGGUUAUGAAAUCCACACGGCGACAACUGGAAAGGGAGCUUCUGCUUGAUGAUAUAACACGGUUGGAAGAGUUACCAUCAUACAGCCUCCUUACUUGAUAGUAUAGCAGUUCCAAAGAUUAACAAAAUGGCUUGUAGCAGCAAGACGUGCAUGCCAUCAUUGGGCACAUUCUAUUCCCUUUUUGGUUCCCAUUUAUCUCCUAGUGCUUUUUAACUAAGUGGUUCGUUGUACAUGAUAUGGUGAUCCGUUUAUAACUCUUCUUGAAGCCAUGUAAGUGUAUUUCCUCUUGAUUUUUCAGGAAAGGGUUCUUGAGUUUCCCAAGUUUUCUGUACGGGAAAGAAAAAGAGUUAUGAGGUUUGUACGGUUGAGUCCAGUGUUUAAAGUGAUUGGUUGGUUUCAUUCUUCGACUAGUUUUUUAUUUCA